CCUUUGGUCAACCAGGUUCAAGGCACUAUAUUUUAGCCCCGUCCUUUCCUAUUUGCCUUGCUUUUAGGCAGGGAGGAAGCUGGUUCCCUGAACAAAACAAAAGGAGGCGACAGGAGACAGUGCACAGCCAGGGAAAUCCAGGACUACUAGAAAUCGGCUCCAAACACUGGUUUCACACUCUUGGUUCAGCAUACUAAGUGUGUGAUUUGGGGUUUCACUGAAAUCGUUUGCCACAAGUGUAAUAUCCACAGGCUGCUUGGGAUUUAGGCCCUUGUAGACAGACACGCAGAUACAAAUGAAGGUGGGCCGGGAGCUGUCCGGUCCCCUUCUGCCUCCGGGCUCUCGCGGGAGCGGGCCUCUCCGGAGCACUCGCGCUUCCCCCCCGGCCCCCAGAGGGCGCUGUGGGCCGCUCCGCCGCACUGUCGGAGGCGUCCCCGGGGAGGAGCCUCUGCUGCAGCCGCCUCCGCCUCCGCGAUCGCAAACCCGGAAGACGUGCUCGGGCAGCUGGAGUGUGCGGGCCCGCCGGGCACGGCCAUGCAGCCCCUGGAGGUAGGUCUGGUUCCCGCUCCAGCUGGGGAGCCGAGACUGAGCCGCUGGCUGCGGCGAGGCAGUGGGAUCUUGGCGCACCUGGUAGCUUUGGGCUUCACCAUCUUUCUGACAGCGCUGUCCCGGCCAGGAACCAGUCUUUUCUCCUGGCACCCUGUAUUUAUGGCCUUGGCGUUCUGCCUCUGCAUGGCCGAAGCCAUCCUACUCUUCUCACCUGAACACUCCCCGUUCUUUUUCUGCUCCCGAAAAGCUCGGAUCUGGCUCCACUGGGCAGGGCAGACCCUAGCCAUCCUCUGUGCAGCUCUGGGCCUGGGCUUCAUCAUCUCCAGCAGGACCCGCAGUGAACUGCCUCAUCUGGUGUCCUGGCACAGCUGGGUAGGAGCCCUGACACUGCUGGCCACUGGUGGCCAGGCACUGUGUGGGCUCUGCCUCCUCUGUCCUCGGGCAGCCAGGGUCUCAAGGGUGGCUCGCCUCAAGCUCUACCAUCUGACAUGUGGACUGGUGGUCUACCUGAUGGCUACGGUAACGGUGCUUCUGGGCAUGUACUCAGUAUGGUUCCAGGCCCAGAUCAAAGGGGCAGCAUGGUACCUGUGCCUGGCACUGCCUGUGUAUCCAGCCCUCGUGAUCAUGCACCAGAUCUCCAGAUCCUACUUACCAAGGAAGAAAAUGGAAAUGUGAGUUCCUGCAAACUCUGAAUCUAGGUGGGACAUUUGCCUUGGACUUCAUGGUUCCUUUGGUCGUCUACAAGGGACCUGUUUAAGAAGUGGUCAGGGUUUUGCACUUCUUGGCUGGUCCAGGGACUGCAGAAACCAAAGCUGCUAUUGCUGAGGAAUAAUUCAGUGGGCCAAAAUGGGGAAAUGUACUGGGUACGAGUGGAAGGUGAUGGAGAGCCUGAUCCUGAAGCCACUACUUGAUGAGAGUCAGUUUUGGGUGGUGCUAGUGAUGUGCUGGUGGUCAUUUCUUGCUUGUGUGCCUGAUGAAAAAUUGUAAGUUAUGAAUGGCAUCCAUGGAUAUUUGGCUUACUUUUAAGAAAGCAGUGUGAUGUAGUGGAGAGAGCCCGUGGGCCAUGUUUAUGGGAUAUGGUACUCUUAGGCUCUGUUGUACAACCUUAGGUACAUUCCAUACCUUAAGACCUCUGUUUCUUCAUCUGUGAAAUGUUUCUAAGCAGCCUCUAAGUCCCUUCCGUCUUAAUAUUCAACAUCUGUCAGGUCCAUGUCUCAGAACACCCUCCCGGCUGUGAACCAUGUGGACCACUUAGCAGACUCGGGGUAGUUCUUUCCUCUACCUUUAUUCCCCUGGAGGGACAGCUCUGCCCUUGAGGCCCUUCAGAAAUUUGUGCUGAUUUGGUCCCUGCACCAGGGCGUAGGGGGUCAGACACUGUGGAGAGAAGGGACUCAGAUGAGGGUCUUCCGGACUCCAAGACAGUGAAGGCACUAAAGUCACUUUAAAGCUUUUGGCAGAGUAGGAGGGCAUUGGCAACUUCCUUCAGCCCACCUUAGGAUCUGGGCUUGAGGGCUGCAAGGCCUGUGUGUGCUCCCUCCCCUGAAAUUGCUUCUCAGGGCAAAGGAGCCCUGGGCAUCUCAUGCUUUGCCCUUCUUAGGGCUCAGUUUCUUGCCUUAGCACAUAGCUACUUGGAGCUUUGAAAGCUUUUCAUAAGGGCCAAGGAAGUGGGGAAGGGCUUUUCUGAUCCAAAGGAAACAAAGUGUUUCUGGUUCCCUCUCUUCCUUUUUUUGUUAUCUAAGCUUUCCUCAGUUGUCAUCUCUUGCCAGCUCUUUGGUCCAAGAGAGGACUGAGUUUGGUGCCAGCUGGCAAAUGAGGGCUGGGCUCUCUUCCCCACAGAGAACCCCCUUCCUCGUUGCAGCUGAAAGUAGUUCCCCAGACUGCCCUUGGUGGUGAGGACUGGAUGCCAGACUGCUUAGCUGCGGUCUGGCUCAGUCGGGAAGAUGGGACCCCCUUAAAUCAUGGCAAGGACUGACAACAGCGAAGCCAGGAAAGUGCUGCUGAGGAAGGUACACGUAGCUCACAGGGAACUCUGGGAAGCCUGGGGCGUAGGCGCUGGAGCUCCAGUUCCUGGGAGCAGGGGCAGGUGUUCUUAGAUGUUGAUGUUGUGGAUGACCCGGGUCUUCUGAAGAUUCAGGUCCUCCUCUCCGUGUAGCUCAGAAGAAAGGAGGUUGGUGUGAUUCGAUAGUACAAGAAUGGGGACAGCAAGGGCAGAAGUGUCCUCUCCGUGUACCUCAUUAUGCCUCUCCUGGGGGAGACUGCAUCUUUCAGGACAAGCAUCUAAAGGAGGCCCCUGCUGUGCAGAGGGGUGAUUGUUCCUGUCUCUCUCAUUGUCCUCCCUCCUCUCAAACUAUCCAGUGUGGUGUGAACUCAGAAGAAACAGUUACUGGGGCUGCAUGGAGAAUCUCACCUGUGGUGAUUUUGAUCCAGGGACUGCAUCUCCUCUUCCCUCAUCACAGCCAAUGCUGAGGGGCUCACCCUACCUACAGCAGGGUAGGAGGGCCAGGCAGAGUUCACCAGCUUGCUCUGAGAGCAAGCAGGCAAUGCCGUAAAGCCUGAGCCUGCCUGAGGUGCUGCCUCCUCCCAGGUGGUGCGGGGGCUGAUGGGCGGGCGGGCAGGCGUGCUGACAGCCGGCAGUUUGCGUGGGCUGUGCCAUCUGAUGUCUAUUCCCAGCCCUGGGAGGAAGGGGGAGUCAUUUAUAUUCUGCAGGAGGAAGGGGCCCCAGCUGUCGCCUUUCUGACCAGCGGGCCUGGAGGACAGGGGCACAGAGCAGAGAGGAGGGCACAGGUGGUCUCCUGCUUAGCCUGAUCUGACUGCAGUAUAGGGAACAGGUCACCAGGAGGAGCCCUUCAUCCUGGCAGGCCGGAUUGUGGAGUGACUUCCCUCCCCCGCUUUCCAUUUCUCCAUCACCACCUGCCCUCACAUCCUGGGGCAGCAGCUGGACAGCCAUUAGACCUCAGUGCCAGGGCACUCUUCCUCCAGCUGGCAUCUCAGUGGCUCCCAGCUUCAUGGCCUCCUGCUUGUGCGUUCCCUCCUCCUCCCUCCUCUGUUCUGAGCACCUCCCCUUUUCUCCUCAUGUCUGGGGUAUUCACUUGGCUCCUCGGCAAGGAAGCCAACGCCUUGGAGGAGAAGCGCAUGGUUGCCCUUUUGUCCUUGCUCCCUGGCUAGGGAAAGCUGCUAGUGGUCAGCCUGUUUUGCCUUAAAAAAAAAUAAAAUUAAAUUAAAAAGCCAGGGCAGGGUGCUUAGAUUUUUAAAAUUUGUGUGUCAUUUGCACAAAUUUUCAUAUCAAGCUAAGUCCUGAUUCCAUCUGAUUAUAUUCCAAAUUUGAUCAUAUUCCAAGUUUGAUUAUAUUCAGAUUCAACCUCGAGGACAUUAGAAAUACAGAUGGCUUCUGUAUCCAAAUCUGAACGGAAAUGGGAUUACCUUUCUGGGAUCAGCCACCCCUCCCAAACCCCCAUCUUUCCUGUAACUACCCCUCUUCUGACCCCCAUCACGGCUGGAGGUGGUAUGGAAUGAGAGAAGCUCUGUGUCAGGGGAAGUCCUCCAGCCUCACCUUGGCUCUUAAGUGGUAGGCUGUUAGCAUUUGCCAGGCUGGGCCUCCUCUUCCCCAACACUUUCACAAGGCAGACUGCCCUUCCCCACUCACUGGCCUGUCCUUUCUUUCUCAUUAUCCCACCUUUUUCCACCCCGGUGCAUGGAUGCUGUAGACAUUUUUUUUUUUUUUUUUUUUUUUUUUUUUUUUUUUUGAGGUGGAGUCUCUCUCUGUCCCCAGGCUGGAGUGCAGUGGCACGAUCUCGGCUCACUGCAACCUUUGCCUUUCAGGUUCAAACAAUUCUCCUGCCUCAGCCUCCUGAGUAGCUGGGACUACAGGCACCUGCCCACCAUAUAUUUGUAUUUUUAGUAGAGACGGGGUUUCACCAUGUUGGACAGGAUGGUCUUGAUCUCUUAACCUCGAUCUGCCCGCCUCCGCCUCCCAAAGUGUUGGGAUUACAGGCGUGAGCCACCACGCCUGGCCAGGUCUUGUUUUUAAAAUCUCACCGUGGGAGAUUCAGGCAUUCUCCCUGAGCCAGCUGGCUGCUGUGCCAAGGCCUGUUCAGAGUUAAUAAUCAUAAUUAACUGAAUGGUGCUGGGGCCUUUCAGCUUCAGAUCUCUAAGCACUUGCAAGAUGAGUCAGCCAGCCCUGACCUUAGCCCUCUUCCUGGGUUGCAGAGUGUCACAGAAUGGGGAGGCACUGUGGGAAGGAAGUCAGGAAUCUUGCUGCUAGCCACGCCUUGCAGUGUCUCUCUUCUGGGAGUGGGCAGAGAGUCCUCUCAGUAAACUUGCAAAAAUAAGACUUGCACCUGACAAAGGUCAAGAUAUGUAGGGAACACAGUGUAGGCCAGUGGUGGUGGCAGGGGUGGCUGUUGAGCCUCAACUUCUAGUACUCCUGCCCUUCCUUCUGUUUACCUGUCUUGGCCUCCAGGGUGCACUCCUGGUCUCGAUGCCUCAAGCCCAGCAUUUCUGGGGCUCCUCUGCAAGCUUAAGAGCAGGGAGGCUUCUGUUAGUGCUCCUGAUGCUCCUGUGUCUGGUGGGCACAAAUCCUGCGUAACAUGAAAUGAAAGGUGCAUCGGCCUGGGGGCUGGGAAAUCUGCAGUAUGAAUUUACUCCGUUCCUAUCACUGGUGUGGCCGUGGGCAAACCACUUAAUGCUUGACCUACCUCACAGGGAUGUUGUGAGGGUUAGAUGAGAGAAUGAAUGUUAAUAGGAAUUGGAAAGUUCAAAGCAUUAAACUAAACGCAUGUAAACAGGUGGUAUGAU